AUGACUUGCCAGACAUACAGCUUGUUUGUUCUGUCUGUCAUCAUGAUUUAUUUUGGACGUUUUGGAAAUAGUUCAAUUCUUACUGAACUUCAACAUGAUAUAGACCAACUGAAAGCUGACUUUAACUCAAGCCAUUCAGACGUAGCUGAUGGUGGACCUAUUUUUACAGAGAAACUGAUAAACUGGACGGAGAGAAAUGAAAAAAGGAUCAUCCUGAGCCAGAUUGUUUCCAUGUACUUGAAAAUGUUUGAAAACACUGACAAGUCAAAGGCGCACAUCAGGCACAUAUCUGAGGAGCUUUGGACUCUGAAAAACAGCCUUCCUGAUGGUGUGAAGAAAAUGAAAGACCUCAUGGACCUGGCAAACCUUCAGAUGAGUGACUUGAAAAUUCAACGCAAAGCUGUGAAUGAGCUGUUCAGCGUCUUACAAAAACUGGUGGAGACUUCAACUUCUCUCAAAAGGAAAAGGAGCCAGUCUCAGAGGAAGUGCAAAUGCUAA